GGAGCUCGCGUUCCCCUCCAGCCAUCCCAGGUUCCUUGCAUAGUCACCCCAUUCCAGGCAGUUCGCGAUGGCCUCCGGAGUCAGGUAUUUACUUGUCCUUUUAGGGUUUCGAGCGUUCAUAAAUUUCACAUCUGAAAGGGAGUUCACGUGGUCCACCCAUACCAGAUAGCUCUCGAUCUCCACCAGUAAUGACAUGUCGUUCUCCGAUCAAUUCAAUGUUGCCACCAGUGCCAGCGAGUUCUGUCCCACAGAUGGCACGUACUACGAGUAAUGCACCUUCCACCUCCUCCUCCACGCUCACCGAUUCCUCCCAUUUCUCGUCUUCCAUGACCCAUUCAGUGCAUACACGGAUGCCUGCGACUGCUGAUGACGAAUUUUCGAACCCAAGUGAGGUGGGUGAUGAGUAUGAGGAAAGGUUUGAUAGACAUCAAGAAGAAAGAGGAUAUAGUAAUGCGAGGGAAGACCAUAGAAACCAGCACGGUGGGUAUAACGAGCAGAAUGAGGCUCAUAGGGAGCGCGACAUACGUAAUGUGGGAGAGCUGGGCAGCACGUCCCCGCAAUACGGCAUCCGCGACCUCCCCCAGCGCACUCAUCCUUCUCAACCAUCUCAACCCCCAGCGCAGAUUCAGGAAAGGCAAUGGACCCGGGCCCGCCCGACCCGCUCAGCGACUCUCCCAACUCCACCAUCUCAGUCACCCACCGAUUUCCAGGACAGUGAGCCACAAUCGCUCACGCUGCGUAUGGCUGCACUCGGGCUAUCCCCUUCUCCCCAGUCACCCUCGCAUAUGCAAGGCGACCUGAGUAAACAUCCCUCAGCGCAAAGUUCGCGCUCUUCUUCACCAAGCUUCGACCUCGGGAGCCACCCGCUACUGCAGCGCGUUCCAUCUACGAAGGAACAGGAGCUUGAGAACAUGCCCAGACGCCCACCCCUGCAGCGUGGCCAGUCUGUGGUCGAGGGACUUCAAAGGCAUCCUUUUGCGUCUGCUCCCCCAUUGCAGAGACGGGUAUCGGGUAGGAGCCGAAGCUUGGUACGUGAACAGGAGUGGCGAAGCAUGUCGCCUGCUCGCGAACAAUCCCCCGUACGUGAGCCUUCACCCACGCGCAGUCAGUGGCCACAGAAUAUCCCACCACUUCCCCGCGCACCAUUAUCACCAGCUGGGAGCUUCCCUUUCUCACCAGGGUUUAAUACCUCUGACGUAAACACCUCGCCUACACGGUCCGCUUUCGCGCGGCCCGCAUCUCCGCUCAAGAAUUCUGUGUUUCCGUCGUCUGGGUUUUCACGCCCUACAUCACCAUCAAAAUCUCCCCUACCAACACCCCCGCCCAAAUCCCCGUUCGCGCGCGCCGAGUCAGUGGACGCGUCUGUCUUUUCUUCCCCGCGAAAAACGAGCGGCGGAAAAGGCCCCUUUGGGCCACAAAAUCAAAAUUCCCCUUCGAAUUCGCCACAAAAAUCAUCGAACGCGUAUACAUCGCCAACGCUGCCUUCUUCAUCCUCCCCGCCGAAGCUAGCCUACCUUAGCAACUCGAGCGCCCGGAAUGCAUUCCCUCCAAGCGCGUUCCCCUCGUCGUCGUUCCCCACGAGCUCGACUCAUACUCUCGCGUCAAAUUCACACAUCAUGGAGCGUCAGCGCCAAAAACAGCGUGCGUACGUAAAAACGUACGACCUCGACGACGAGCCGCCUGCUUCGCCACUCCGUGAGCGUGUGGGCCUGCCUUCGCCUAGUGCGUCCCGCUCGCCUUCCCCUUCAGACUUUGGGGCGCGCGUGGGGGGACGCAGUGUCUCUAGGGGACGCGCAAACAAGGCUGAUCCUCAGGACCAUGGUUAUGGCAAUGAGGAUGACGGAGACGAGCGUUCGCCUUCGCCCAUACGUUUCGCGAAGCGCUCCUCGAACCAGUUCUCGGUACUGGAGAUGGACUUUGUAGGCGGGCAGGAGGUGCCGAGGUGGCAUCGCACGCCAGUGCCCAGAGUCGCGGGAGGACGUGCGGAUGGUAGUGAGGGCAGACGCACGGAUAUGGGCGUGCCAGUUGUAACGCUCCCUGGCGGGCAUGUUGACUUUGACGACGGUGGUGGUGGUGCGGUACCGUCGAGCAGGACACAGGACUCGCCGCCCAGGAUUGCUGUUUCUAGCGCCACCCCGCCAAGAGUGGCGGUUUCGAGUGCUACCCCACCCAGGGUGGCCGUUAUUGGGUCGACGCCGCCGCGUGUUGCUGUUACUGGGUCGACGCCACCACGUAUCGCAGUCUCGGGCUCAUCUCCACCUCGUAUAGCGGUGUCGGGAUCUUCGCCUUCCCCUCCUCAAAUUUCAGUAUCCUCACCGUCCAUGCCACAGAUAUCAGUUUCAUUACCCUCUACACCACAAAUUUCUGUGUCUGUUCCCAGUUGCUCUUCAAGGCAGCCUAGUUCUAGGCACACGUCAGCGCCAUCUCAGGAGCCGAAACGUGUUCUCCCGCCACCUCCAGGCCAGAAUGGACUAAGAGGCGCAGGAGGACAAAAUAAUGGGUUCAAUGUGCAAGGUGGAGGGAAAAUCUCGGGAGUGCUAAAGGGGAUGCGUGGGAACGGUCUGUCAUGCGGAGGGUGUGGCGGUCCUAUUAUCGGACGCAUCGUCAGUGCGAUGGGACAGCGCUGGCACCCAGCGUGUUUUUGUUGUUCCGCGUGCAAUGAGCUCCUUGAGCAUGUGUCGAGCUACGAGCACGAGGGGAAGCCGUAUUGUCAUCUUGAUUACCACGAGAACUUUGCGCCUCGUUGCUAUCACUGCAAAACAGCGAUUAUUGACGAGCGGUUCAUCACGCUUGACGACGACGCGCUGGGAAAGCGGACGUAUCACGAGCAGCACUUCUUUUGUGCGGAGUGUGGAGACCCAUUCCUCCCACCGUCUUCUGGGAGUGGCGGGUUGACGGUUACGGGUGAUGGCGAGUUCGACCUUGACGAUGACGUCGGGUUCACGGUGUACAAGGGCCAUCCAUACUGCGAGGCGUGUCAUGUCCGUUUGCGUAUGCCCAAAUGCAAGCGCUGCAAGAAGUCGAUUAGGGACGGAAUGCGUGCAGUGGAGGCUUUGGGAGGGAAAUGGUGUUGGGAGUGUUUCGUAUGCGAGGGCUGCAAGAACCCAUUUGAAGAUCCGUCGUUCUUUUUGCGCGAUAAUAAGCCGUUUUGCGAGCCGUGCUUUAGUUUGAUAUUGCGGAAUGAGGUGUAAUGGUUGGUUCAAAUAAUUUAUUGCUUACUUUCGUUUUCGCGCGUAGGUUCUUGGAUGCGCUAGCUAUCUUGUGGUCUGCUCUACACAUAUUUUGCCUAUAUUCAGGUUGCUUCAAGAUAUGGACUGGAAACAACAUUGUAAACUAACCGCCCUCUGACGCCCACUCAUUUUCGGCAGAUGUCAACUUAAG